AUGAACACCGACGAGAUCCCGGUCAACGUGCAGUGCGGGGCCUUGCACAGCUUGCUGCUCACGAGCAAGAACAGGCUAUUUGCUGCGGACACGGGACGAAUUAUGCCCUCGGGACUGGGGACAAAGCUAGAGAAGACGAAGGAUGGGAGGAGAAGGGGGCUGCAAAAUAUACGGGUGCAGACAGACCUGCCUGAAGAAAGGGCUCGGAGCCCAUCUCUCCUGAAGAAGAAUAGCAAGUUCGAAAUAACCGGCACGGAGAAGCAUCGCACUUUCAACAGCAACCUCGAAAUCGACUUCAAAGAAAUCAUUCUCGAAAAACAGAUAUCGGAGGGCGGCUACGGAAUCAUUUACCGGGCCAAGUGGCGGGAGACGAUCGUCGCCGUCAAGAUGUUCAAGAUCGAGAGUAACGAAUCAGCAGUCAGGGACUUCCUCAGUGAGUGCCACGCCAUGGAAGCCCUCAGGCACCCCAACAUUGUCAUGUUCCUGGGCGCCUGCACCAAGCCCCCCAACCUGUGCAUCGUGCUUGAGUACUGCUCAGGCGGAAGCUUGUGGUCGACCAUCCAAAACCUGGAGAACCCUCUGAGCUGGGAAGACAAGAAGCGGUUCGCACUCGACACUGCAAAGGGGAUGCACUACCUUCACAGCUGCCACCCUCCCAUUCUGCACCGCGAUCUCAAAAGCCUAAACCUUUUAUUGGACGAAUGUUCGCGGGUCAAGCUGGCGGACUUCGGCUGGACGAAGGGACUAGCCAACUACAUGACUGGGAAGAUCGGCACCUACCAGUGGAUGGCUCCCGAAGUCAUCGGCGGGCAGCAGUACACUGAAAAAGCGGAUGUGUUCAGCUUCGGGAUCAUCCUCUGGGAAAUAGCGGCGAGAGAGCCGCCGUACCGCAACAUCAGCGGAGUGCAGGUAUCGAUUGAGGUGCUCAACAACGACAUGAGGCCGAGCAUCCCCAAGCGCACCCCCGAGUGCUACGCGCGGCUGAUCAAGCGCUGCUGGGAGAGGGACCCCUAUAAGCGUCCGUCUUUCAAGGAAAUCAUCCGCGAGCUAGAAUACAUGCGCUUCAAGUAA